GUAGCUCCCAGCUAACACUGCAGCCGCUUUCUUUAAAACCUCCUCCUGUGCUUCUAGAGAAAAUCCGUAUCAUAAAAUGUCUUCACCGCUUCUUAUCAGGGCUUUUGUGACCGAACGCCUGACGGCUGCCGCGGAGGAAAUAUUUCAGGUGUUUGAGAGGACGAUAGCAAAAUAUGAGGAAGAAGCGAGCAGCUCCCAGCAGGAGAUCGAGCGACUCAGAGGACUGUUGCUGGAGUUCAUGACAAACCAGAAAACAGGCGCUCCUCACUCAUCUGUUUGUAAAGAGGAAUCGCCGCCUGAGCAGCAGCCCUGCGAGCGCAUGCCGAGCAUCAGCGUCCAUAAGUGCAACCCAGAGCCUCGACAUAUUAAAGAGGAAGAUCGUGAAAUCUGGGCUGGUCAGGAGCAAGAAGAAAAACAGGCAAGAGAGUUUAAUGAUGCUGAUGCCUCAUAUCCAUCUCACUCUUCUGUAUGGGAGGAAAACGAGCGGGAGGACACGAAACCAUCUCUGCAACCUGAGGUGCAAAACUGUGAACGUGAUGAGGAGUUCGUGGAGGAGCAGGAAACCAGAACUGUACAGUUCAUAUUACCUCUCGCUUCGACAUCUUCUUCACAAACUCAAGCCCAAAGUGAAAGUGUCCAGGAUGGAAGGGAAAGUCAAAGACCUGCUGCGAGUUUUACAUCAGAACAAACCCAGACAUCUUUUAGCACUUCCACUGAAUUACCUCAUUUUAACUCAGCUGCACCUGACUAUCAUUGCCAUUUGUGCAACAAAUCAUUUUCCUCCAGCCAUCACUUGAUAAAUCAUGCUUUCCACGUGCAUUCAACAGACACAGGUGCCCUCUGUGCCGUGUGUGGAAAGACCUUUGAGUCCACUGAAAGCCUUAAUGUGCACCUCAAAUCACACAAGGGCUCAAAGUGUUGCCACAUGUGCGGUAAACAGUGCAACAGCAGGACCGCGCUCACCGAGCACAUGGCGAGCCAUGCCGGGGUGAAGCUGCAUCGCUGCCACGUGUGUGGGAAAGAGUGCAGCCGUAAAGGAGAUUUGAAGAUACACAUGAGGAUUCACACGGGCGAGAAGCCUUUCUGCUGCUCUUUCUGUUGCAAAAGUUUCACCCACAGCGGACACCUGAGGAAGCACAUGAGAAGCCACACAGGCGAGAGGCCACACCGGUGUGAUAUCUGCGGCAGAGGGUUUCUACAGAGUGCACACCUCAAAUAUCACUUAGGGACUCACACUCAGAAAUACUGACUGAUUCAUCCUGCUUGACUCAUAUUUAAUAAACAAAAAUGUGCAAAAAAGACAGCAAACUGCUGAGUAAGAGCAGUAAAGGCACAGUGAUCAAGCCAGAGCGCAAUAUCUGUAACUAAUAUUCUUAUUUCCAGCUCCAUAUUUUUUUUAUUCUUGAACUUUGCAUAAUUCAAAAUCAUCCUUAUUAAUCUUAUUCUGGGCCUCGCAUGAUCUAAAUUAACUUUGAUUUCAGUGCUGCAUGUAUGGAAUCACCAGUUUAAAUCUAAAAGGAAAAACAAGCACUUUAAAAUGUUUAAUGACUAUGAAUAUGUUUUUAAAGAAAAAUUUCCUCUGGAAGUUAAUACUCCUGCAGCCAUCUUUGAUGUUUUGUAAUUCCUCUUUAAUAACUGCUAUCAGGUGAUUAAUCUGUAUGUUUUGAACUGGAGUAGCUAAUCAGAGACAGUGUUUCACCAUACAUUUAUUUAUUUUUUAAUAAAAGUCUGAAAGAUGUCUUAGAGAAAACGAAACUGGAGCAGAAAACCAAAUUCUGUGGCUGGUUUUCAUCAUAAAUAAAAUAAGUUUAUAACACACUGACAAGAUACCUGAUGCAUGAAAUGGGCUAAAGAAGCCUCUAUUUAAAUUUAAGGCUAUGUCAGCAGAAAGACAUUUGCUAGAAAGUGAAGGGAAAGAAUUUUAACAGCAUGCUUAGUGCUGACAUGACCUCUGAUCCUGACUUUGAACAAUAAUGUUGCUGUUAACAUCCCAAAGCAAUUAUCUUUGUCAUUAUUCAUACAGAAUUUGAAUGGUGUUAAAUUAUCAGAUUAUUGUACACAGUCAGUACGAAC